CCUCGUCUGUGGAGCCUCUGUGAACGACCAUCUCCAGCUGCUCCGGAAAAACACCCACGACCGAGAGCGCGCAGGCUCCAUGUGCACCAGCAUCUGAUUGCGACGUUUUCUUAGCCACUGUUGCGUCCUGCAGUGGACGACGCAUUGGCAAUAGCACUGAUUCUCGACCCUGAUGCAUUCCUGAACCUGCCCGUGCCGACUCGAACCAUGGCACCUCAGCUGUUUCCUGCAGGACUGACGGAUCCCACUGAACACAUCCAGUCUCGCAGCACGCUGGCCUCGUUCCCGCAUCUAUCUGAUUCAGAGUUUGAUGAAGCAUGCAGCGCAUUGCUAAAGAGGUUCGAGCUGCAUGCUCAUCGCCAGAAUGAGUGGACUGCAGUGGAAAGUGUAUCUCAGAAUGAAACCACGUUCUUGAGGAUUACCAAACCACUGGCUCUGCACCCAGAAGUACCAGAAAUUAGCAGUGAGAUCGAAGAAGUCGAGCUCAGAGAGGAAGAUGACGAGGUCGUUGAAAGUUCAACCUCACCCCGAGCUGUCGUUCACUACGAUGUGGUGCUCUCUCCAUCGUAUCGAGUUCCCGUUAUGUACUGCACGAUAUCAGACACCCAGCACCGAUAUCCACCUACCAUGGAGACGCUGUACUCUUAUGUGAUACCGUUGGCGUUCAGGCCACAAGCUGAGCAUGUGGGCGUGAUUGGUGGUAUUACUGUGACCGUUCGUCUCCUCGGAGAACGAGAGACAAACCCAAGCUGACGGGAAAAAAAGGACCAUCCAGCCUCGAACAUGUCAGUGUUCUUCAUUCAUCCCUGCCGCACAGCCAACGUCAUGGAAGCUAGUGUUAGUGAACGAGACAUCGCCGCGUACGACUACCUGCUAUUGUGGAUGGGGGCGCUGGGGAAUUGCGUAGGGCUGCAUGUGCCUUUGAGUCUAGUCGACUCAAGCCAGAGGCAUGACUGAACGCACCGCCUUGCAAGGCGAUGCAUGCGAUUGCUGUACAUAUACUACAAGUGCUACAUGCCAACAUAUGGUACAACGCUAUU